UUUUCGCGCAACACUCCAAAUGACGAUGGUCACCCCGCCGCCGGAAGUGCCGCCGACGGUAUCGAUCGCCACACCUCAUCCUGCCAUCACAACGCUAGAGAGCCUCAAGACAUGGAUCACGUCGUGCGCAUCAUCUGCCCUGGAUAUCUCGGACGCCAUGCGAGAGAUCACGGACUCCGAUUUCCUCCACGAAGUCGACGUGAUGGUGGUGUUGCUGCAGGACCUUUUGACAGGAAUCGACGACCUUUCCCGUGCUCAAGCCUGCGCAGUGGAUGCGUACACGGAUGCGGCACGUGAAAUGACCGACUACUUGCAAACUAUCCACGCGUCAUUUGUGGAAUCGCGAAAACGAUGGUUUGCGUCAGUUUUUGCCAAGCCUCAAGAACAGAACGCUGUCCUGUGUGCACUCUUGCGCCGCGUGCAAUCGCGAGGAGUACUUCUGUUGCGUGUCCUUGCGAUCCCUCAACCUCCACGACACCCGAAAGAUGACCCGAUCCCGGCGGGAGCGUCUGGAGCCACACCGGGCGGUUCAGCUGAGGACAUGCCGAUCGAAUCGACCUUCAUCAAGCUCCAGAAAAAGUACAUCCAGGAAAUGGCGCUCAAGGAAUCGCUUGAAGAGAAGCGGCACAAGCGGCGCCGCACCCUGUCGACGUUCCACUCGCCGUCGUCCAAGCUCACUUAAUGUAGACACCUCGUUUUUCCCAUUCUUGAGUUUACUCCAUCGGAUCUAUGUGUGUAUUUCCC